UGAUCUUAGUAGCAUCACAUUCCUGAUAUACGGGGAUAAUACAUUGGGUGUUUCGUUAAAAAAAAAAGAGUCUUAUGUAAUCACUUUUUUUCAGAAUCUUGCUGCUGAAAAAACUUAUAAUAACUUAGAUAUCACAGUGACACAAGCCCUACAACACCGCUCUCAGUAUUUUGAAGGUGUUGUGAAAUGCAGUAAGCUGGAAACACUGGAGACCAUCGUGGACCGGAUAGUUAAAGCUGAGGUGCAUCGAUUGGUGGUAGUGAAUGAAGCAGAUAGUAUUGUUGGUAUCAUCUCCCUCUCGGACAUCCUACAAGCUCUGGUGCUCUCACCAGCUGGUGCCAAACAAAAGGAAAGUGAAACUGAAUGAUUGCUGUGAACGUAUAAACCUUUGUAGAAGAACUUGAUUGAAGUUACUGGGUCAUCUUUGCCUCAAGAACACUGGCAGCACUAGAGAAGAGAGAAAUGGGGAUGAGUAUGUGUGUAUUGGGACUGAGUGUUGGGUAACUAGUCUAUUACUUCCCAGUGACUGUCACACACAAAAAGCAGCAUGACAAAAAGCUUAUGUAUUAAAUACAGGCUUGCAUUUCAAAAUGUUUGCUGAAAGACUUCACAUGAUGUCGUUCAUCUAAAAUGCACUGUAUCCUGAAACAAACAUCUUUUGUAUUUGAUAGAAGUCACUGCUCAGCAACAGAUCUCUGACAUAAGGCAAGUGUAUGGCAUAUUCAUAUCAUAGUGCCUUAUGUCAAAAAGCCAACAAUAUGUCAUCGCUGUUGCCCAUCACAAUAAGAGGAAGUAUUGUGUGAAACGAGACACUGUAUUUGAAUGUUCAAGUUGCUAAACCUAAAACCAAAUCAGUUUCAGUUAUCAUUAGAUUUGUCAUAAAAGCUGUAAUUUGAAUAUCAGUAGAUUACCUUAAGACUUUAAUGACAGUUUUGUGUGUUUAUAAAUGUUGCAUUCUGAAGAGAUGGUAAAACAAGACUGAUCUAAAACCAGCUUUAUUUAUUUUUAUUUUCUUGCAAUUUUUUACACAUCUUUGGUGGAUAGCUAAAACUUCACCAUAUUCAUUAAUAAAACAUUGAUUGUUA